CAAUGUCCUUCAAGAAAACAUGUAAGAAGAAUAUAAAGACUUCUUGCUUGCUUGUCAUCGGCCUUUGUGUCUCUGUUCAAGAUUACAUCCUUCUCUGAUAUCGUUUAAUACUACAUACAUCAUGUCAGCAAAGACCAAUGCAACAGUCCAAGGCGGAGUGGACAGAGGAGACACCUACGAAAAGGCCGUCCCAUCCUCCCUCAAACCCUACGAGAAACCGCCCCUCAGCUCCCUGAUCAACUGCGACGAUUUCGAAGAAGUGGCCAGAAACACGUUGGCCAAGAAGACAUGGGCAUUCUACUCUUCAGCUGCUACAGAUUGCUACACCUACGAGAGAAACCGCAGUUUCUUUAGUCGAAUCUGGUUCCGCCCUCGUAUCUUGAGGGAUGUGAGAAAGAUUGAUACGCAAACUACGAUUUUGGGUCAUAAGGUUGGUGUGCCGUUUAUGGUGCAUCCAGCAGCUUUGGUCAAAUUGGUGCAUCCGGAUGGCGAGAAGGGAAUUGCAAGGGGGUUGAGCAAGGAAAAUGUGCCAUACUGCGUCUCAAGCAACGCCUCCUACCCCAUCGACGAGGUCGUCUCCUCGGUCCCAAAAGGCCAACCCUUCUUCUUCCAACUCUACGUAAACAAAGACCGCAAACAAUCAGAAGCCCUGCUCAAAAAAGUACGCCAGGCGGGUUGCACGGCCGUCUUCGUCACAGUCGACGCUCCCGUCCCGGGCAAACGCGAAGCCGACGAAAGGGUUUCCGCAGACGCCAGCACCAACGCCCCCAUGACAGGCGCUCAAGCCGUAAACGACAAAAAGGGCGGCGGGCUGGGUAGAAUCAUGGGCAGUUAUAUCGACAGCAGUUUGAGCUGGGAUGACCUGCAGUGGUUGCGAAAGUCGUGGGAUGGAAAGAUUGUGCUGAAAGGUAUUCAGAGUGCUGAGGAUGCCAAAAUGGCCGCUGAGGCUGGUGUGGACGGUAUUGUGUUGAGUAACCAUGGUGGUAGAAGUUUGGAUACUUCGCCGCCGUCGGUGAUGAUGCUGCUCGAGUGCCAGCGUCGUUGUCCGGAGAUCUUUGAUCGUUUGGAGGUUUAUGUUGACGGUGGUAUCAGGAGAGGUACCGAUAUCUUGAAGUGUCUUUGCUUGGGUGCAAAGGCAGUUGGUCUUGGAAGGCCCUUCUUGUACUCGGUCAACUACGGCGCCGAGGGAGUGGACCACAUGGUUGACAGUAAGUCAAAUUCCUUCUUGAAUCCUGAUCGGCAUGACACUGACAAGCAUCAACAGUCCUCAAAGAUGAGCUUGAAACAAGUAUGAAGCUGGUUGGCAUCAACGAUCUCUCAGAGGUUCAUC